AUUGAAAAUAUUAUUUAAGCCGCCUAAGAUUAACAGCUCAGUUGGCCUCAUUCCCUUGUCUUCCCCGUCGUCUCCUCGGGGCAAAGAAGCUUCCAGGAGGAGGGAGCGCAAUCAAACGCCCUCCUAAUCCAAUGUCUGCUUGUCUUUGAUGACUUGACCAAAAUUAGUAUUGAAAAUUCAGAUAACACAGAAUGAACACAAGCAACAUAGAGAACACAGAAGCUUUCAAGUCUCCCUCUUCUCUCAUCCAAACGGUGCCUCCGUCCUCACCAACUCCCCUCUGCCAGAUUUUAAGCGUCGCGGCCAAAUCUUUUCUCCCUUUGCUUCGUCUCCUUCUCCGCCAGAAAUAAAAAUUCCUCUGCAGCAGCAGCCCCAUCUUUAAUGCAACACUCGCCGUAGUUACUUCCAGUCCCUGGCAUCCGCUUCAACGCCAACCAACCCGCCCUUCUUGGUUUGCCAACCCGUCUUCUCCUCUGCUCUGCUUUGCCCCUCUCCUCUGUUUCUUCUUGAACCCAGCCGGGCUCGCCGCGUCCGCCGGUCAAAAAUCUGACUUUGACGCGCGCGCGCGCCGGGAUCUUCAUGGGCGGGGGUUCGGGGCUCUUAGCCUGACGCGCGGCAGGUCCGGCCGGCCGGUGAGCGCCCAUGGCCGAGGACCACGGAUCGUCGCGGAACAUGUCGAUGUCGAUGUCGCAAAAGGAGCUGGGCGACGAGGACGCGCGGGCAGUGCGCGUGGGCGACGCGGCGCGCACGAACGAGCGGCUCGAGUUCGCCGGGAACGCCGUGCGCACCGCCAAGUACUCGCCCUUCACCUUCCUGCCCCGCAACCUGUUCGAGCAGUUCCACCGCCUCGCAUACGUAUACUUCCUCGCCAUCGCCGUCCUCAACCAGCUGCCCCAGCUCGCCGUCUUCGGCCGCGGCGCCUCCGUCAUGCCCCUCGCCUUCGUCCUCACUGUCACCGCCGUCAAGGACGCCUACGAGGACUGGCGCCGCCACCGCGCCGACCGCGCCGAGAAUAACCGCCUCGCCGCUGUCCUGUCCACCGUCCCCGGCGCGGGCGCCGCAGAAUAUGUCCCGACCAAGUGGAAAGACGUCCGCGUCGGCGACAUCGUGCGCGUCGCUGCCAACGAGUCGCCCCCCGCGGACAUGGUGCUCCUCGCCACCAGCGACACCACGGGCGUCGCCUACGUGCAGACGCUCAACCUUGACGGUGAGUCCAACCUCAAGACUCGCUAUGCCAAGCAGGAAACGCUUACCACGCGGGUCGAGCAUCUCGCGGGCGCCGCGGUCAUCCGGUGCGAGCGCCCGAACCGCAACAUCUACGGCUUCCAGGCCAACCUGGAGCUCCAGGAGGAGAGCCGCCGGAUACCGCUCGGCCCGUCCAACAUCGUGCUGCGCGGCUGCGACCUCAAGAACACGGCCUGGGCCGUCGGCGUCGUGGUGUACGCGGGGCGCGAGACCAAGGCGAUGCUCAACAACGCCGGCACGCCCACCAAGCGCAGCCGCCUCGAGACGCACAUGAACCGCGAGACGCUCUUCCUCUCCGGGAUCCUCAUCGUGCUCUGCUCGCUCGUGGCCGCGCUCUCGGGCGUCUGGCUGCGCACCCACGCCACGCAGCUCGAGCUCGCGCAGUUCUUCCACAAGAAAGACUACCUCAACAGCGACAAGGAGAACAGCAACUACAACUACUACGGCAUCGCGGCGCAGAUCGUCUUCAACUUCCUCAUGGCGGUCAUCGUCUUCCAGAUCAUGAUACCUAUCUCGCUCUACAUCUCCAUGGAGCUCGUCAGACUCGGGCAGGCCUACUUCAUGAUUCGGGAUGCGAGGCUGUACGACGCGUCGUCAGACUCGAGGUUCCAGUGCAGAGCUCUCAACAUUAACGAAGACCUGGGCCAGGUUAAGUGCAUCUUCUCUGAUAAAACCGGCACGCUCACGCAGAACAAGAUGGAGUUCCGGUGUGCAAGCAUCGACGGCGUCGAUUACAGUGACAUCACGCGGCAGCGACCUGUCGAGGGUGAUCUGGCUUGGGUGCCAAAGGUGCCGGUUAACGUCGACAGAGAGGUGAUGGCGCUGGUGAGGAAUGUGGGUGCUACCGAGCAAGGGAGGUAUACCAGAGAGUUCUUCAUUGCGCUGGCAACGUGCAACACUAUUGUUCCCUUGAUCCUUGAUGGCCCUGAUCCGAAGAAGAAGGUGAUCGACUACCAAGGCGAAUCACCGGAUGAGCAGGCACUGGUUUCUGCCGCCGCUGCGUAUGGUUUUGUGCUUGUUGAGCGAACCUCCGGGCACAUCGUGAUCGACGUCCUCGGUGAGAAACAGAGGUUUGAUGUUCUUGGUCUUCAUGAGUUCGACAGCGAUCGCAAGAGGAUGUCUGUUAUAAUUGGCUGUCCUGACAAGACUGUGAAACUGUUUGUAAAAGGUGCAGAUAGUUCCAUGUUCGGAAUCAUUGACAAAACACUGAAUCCAGAUGUUGUUCAGGCAACUGAGAAGCAUCUCCAUUCAUAUUCGUCAGUCGGCUUGCGAACACUUGUUAUUGGUGUCCGGGAACUUACCCAGACAGAGUUUCUGGAGUGGCAAAUGGCUUAUGAGAGGGCUAGCACUGCAUUACUAGGAAGAGGGAACCUCCUACGCAGUGUGGCCGCCAACAUUGAACGGAAUAUGCGCCUAUUAGGAGCCUCUGGUAUUGAAGACAAGCUGCAAGAUGGAGUGCCUGAAGCAAUUGAAAAACUGAGGCAAGCUGAGAUUAAGGUUUGGGUCCUGACAGGUGACAAACAAGAAACUGCCAUUUCCAUUGGCUACUCCUGCAAGCUUUUGACACAGGACAUGACACAGAUUGUAAUCAAUAGUAACUCAAGAGAGUCAUGUAGAAGGAGUCUAGAUGAUGCAAUCUCCAUGGUUCACAAGCUUCGGUCAUUAUCGACAGACUCUCAGUCUAGAGUGCCCCUAGCUUUGAUUAUCGAUGGUAACAGCCUCGUAUACAUUUUUGAUGACACGGAACGGGAGGAGAAGCUUUUUGAAGUCGCGAUAGCUUGUGAUGUUGUUCUAUGUUGUCGAGUGGCUCCCCUACAGAAGGCUGGCAUUGUUGAUUUAAUAAAGAAGCGAACAAGUGACAUGACUCUAGCUAUUGGAGAUGGAGCAAAUGAUGUAUCAAUGAUUCAAAUGGCCGAUGUUGGAAUUGGCAUCAGUGGGCAAGAGGGAAGGCAGGCUGUUAUGGCCUCAGAUUUUGCCAUGGGGCAAUUCAGAUUUCUGGUCCCUCUGUUGUUGGUUCAUGGUCACUGGAACUACCAGAGAAUGGGCUACAUGAUCCUAUACAACUUUUACAGAAAUGCUACUUUUGUCUUUGUGCUUUUCUGGUAUGUACUUUACACUGGUUUCACCUUGACAACAGCAAUAACCGAGUGGAGCAGUGUGUUAUAUUCUGUUAUAUAUACUGCUGUCCCAACUAUUGUUGUCGCCAUUCUCGACAAGGAUCUGAGUCGGAGGACAUUGCUGAAAUAUCCCCAACUCUAUGGCGCAGGGCAGCGCGAGGAGAAUUACAACCUAAGGCUAUUCAUUUACAUUAUGAUGGACUCAGUCUGGCAGAGCCUUGCGGUUUUCUUCAUCCCUUACCUUGCAUACAGAAAGAGCGCAAUCGAUAGCGCUAGCCUGGGGGACCUGUGGACACUGUCAGUUGUUAUUCUUGUCAACAUUCACCUUGCAAUGGAUGUCAUCAGAUGGACCUGGAUCACACAUGCAGCAAUAUGGGGCAGUAUUGUGGCGACAUGGAUUUGCGUCAUCGUCAUAGACUCCAUACCAAUCUUGCCCGGUUUCUGGGCAAUCUACAAGGUGAUGGGGACUGGAUUGUUUUGGGCAUUGCUGCUUGCGGUGAUUGUGGUUGGAAUGAUCCCUCAUUUUGCCGCGAAGGCCAUCAGGGAGCAUUUCAUCCCUAAUGACAUUCAGAUUGCGAGGGAGAUGGAGAAGUUGAAGCAUUCCCAUGAGCUCACUCAUCCAGAAGUUCAGAUGAGCACAUUCGCUCAAUCGUAGGGUUAGGGGUCAACACAGUGAUCUUUGUUCAUUCUGAUAGGUUAGCCUUACACCUUUUCUUUGGUUCUUUUUGCACUGUGUAUAUAAAAGCAAUUCUUUCUGCAGUGAGCAUGCUUCUUCUUGCUUGCUGCCUUGUCGGCUAUCCAAAGGAUAGGUUCAAUCUUGUACCCAUGCUGUGUAUCCACCUGAAAAUUUUGUUGAUUUAUACUGAAAGAAAGUCAUAUAGGAGUUAGCUGUAGAAAUUCAGAAACUGAUCCUAUUGGUUAUAAGAGGGAACACCAGAAGUGUUAAGUUUUUUUCUUUUCUGAAAGCCAGUUACUGUGUUACCUAGUUUAAUUUUUAAUGGAAGACCACAGAGUCGGGGUAAAUUCUGCGUUGUGUUUCUA